ACGGUGCCAUAGGAAAUGGUCGACGCACUUUGGACGCAGCGUAGUGCCUCUCCACGGCGGACAUGAUCGGCCGCAAACAGCGCAAACGUACGUGCUGUUCUCGCGCUUCCUGGUCAUGUUAAGAUAUCGCAUUAGCACGACGUGUAGACCACGAAAAUUGCAACUGACCCACUCCUCUAUCGUGAUCUCAGGUGUGAUCUACGUCGAUGGCAUCCCGAUCGAGUCCACAGUAUUUGAUUCCAGGGAAUCCGGGCUUAACGGCGAAGAGAAGAGUGACCCAGCGUCCUUAGCUGCGCUGGAUCCGCAAACUUUAUUCGACAAAUACGACGCGGAUGGAUCCGGGGAUAUCGAUUUUGAAGAGUUCAAAGUGCUGCUGCAUGACUUAAGUGUGAACCUCACGGAGCCCAAGGCCCGCGCGUAUUUCCGACGCUGUGACCGUCGUCGACGAGGUUGCAUCUCGUUCGACGAGUUCCGAUUAGCGCUAUACACUUGCGACCCCAAGAAUCCCGGUCGAACAGGAGGCUUUGCUCCAGGCCAGUCAUUGGCACCCAAAGAUUUGUUCGAAAUGUUUGAUAAAGAAGAAGAAGGUGCGAUUGACAGAGCCACAUUCAUGGAAUUGCUCGAAUUCAUUGGACGUAAAAUGUCAUUGGACAAGAUGGAAGAGCUCUUUGCGACCUAUGAAGACCCAGAGCUGGAAAUGCUGCCGUAUCUGCAGUUCAAGAAGGCGUGGAUUGCUGUCGUAGACGUACAAGCCGAACUUCGUCAACGUGGAGAGAAGUUCAACAGAUUCUUACCGCCAAAAAUGCUGGCUAAGAAGUUGGCAAUGCUUGUGAAUCUGGAAGAGAAACAAGAGGCCUUGACGCUCUUGGAGGCGAAUAAUACGCUAAGCGACGAGAUCAUCGCUUCACAAAGACGAGAGCUGGUGACGGAAGCACGGUGUCUUGCUCGUGUGACGUUGGCCGAGGCGCUGGAUGCUGCUGGACAGGUCUAUGUCUUUGGAAAGGGAGCAUAUCAACGCUUCGACUGCGAACCGAAAGACCCCGAUUUCGUCGACUUCAUGGACUAUAACGUCGUACGUGAGAUGUGGCAACAACGAGUAUGUCCAACAGGCUCCACUGGAGUGAAAUUACCCGAUAACCAAAAGGAAAACGACCACAAGAAACGUGAUAAUGACGAUAAGCGAGUGUCUCCCGCUAGAUCGAAGCUAGAGGCUUCAGUGCGUGCAUUUGCGAACCGCCAGGUGUCAAAAGCGACGGCAUUUCUAUGGGGGAAGCGUGUGAACCAGGUCGCGUGUGGCGCUGCUAUCGCCUACGCUUUAACAGAUGCUGGUGAAGUGUUUUGUUGGGGUGGCAACAAGCGACAAUGGAAAUAUUUCUACGAUGAAGCCACAGCUAACGGAAUUACACCCGUUGAAGGCGAUCCCAGUGGCUCUGCACUAGCGGAACUCGCUAGAUUUGGUGCCAAACGAGACUCUAGCUUACUGAAAAACCCUCUCACAGUGCGAAGUGAGAUGCUGCGACUAUUUGCUCUUCCUUCUCAAGUCACAGAAAGCCAAGAAGUGCAAGAUAAACUUGGUCUCCGUCAAAAAUACGCGAAGGUAUUCGAGAAACCAGUGCCAUUGACGCUCACUGAUGAAGACAGACGUAGAAGACUGCAACUUGUGGGUCAGUAUUAUGGUUUAUUAAGUGCUCCAGUACCUGGAAAAGGAAUGAGGUCGCUGGACGAAUUAAUGGAGACGGUGGAGCCUGAUCUGGAUGUGGACAAUUUGUCAUUGUCACUCUUUGUACGAGGCGUAGAAGUCCCCAAACCGACGCGAGUGGCUCUGUUAGAGACACUAGGAGAGUGUCUUGAGCUCGAGAGAGAGUGUGUUGGCGAGAAAUUCCACGAGCACAUGAAGCAACAAGACCAGCUAGCAAGAAAUCAUCGUAAAGAGCGGCGUGAAAGGGGCAUGAUGAGCGUAGUGGUCAAGGCUAAUGCACUGUGGUUUGACCUUAACGAACUUCGUGAAAAAAUGGCUACAGCUGAGAAAGAACGCCUUAUUAAGGGUGACGAAGAAUAUGACAAUAUGAGGCGAAAAAUCACAUAUACUACUCAAAAACUCAAGCGACGAGCACGUGAGGGACAUUCUGCAGUUGUCGCUGUGGAUAAUAACAGCGACAAGACAGAAGAUCUGCUGUAUAUCAAUGGAUUAACUGCACGAGGCCCUGCGUUUAAGUUUUUCGACGGCUCUCAAGCUCUUCAGAGUAUCGCGGUGGGAUCUCGCCAUGCAUUGGCUAUUCAUUCCACUGGGAAGUUAUAUACGUGGGGAGUAGGCUCGUUCGGACGCUUGGGAGGCGCUCAAAACGCUGACUAUAAGAGAGAUCGAAGCAACAAUGAGAUCGACGAUGUUCCAGUGGAUUCGUGGCACCAAGACGCUCAUUCAGCGCAAGUUAUUCCAACUGUACGUCAUCUCCGGUUUCGAGCGAUUUCGUGUGGAUUCGGCCAUAAUUUAGCGCUUACUACUGAUGGAACUGUAUAUGCUUGGGGCUCUGCAACACACGGUAAGCUCGGUAUAGGUCCGGUUCAAGUCAAAGAGAGCUUCACUCUGGCUCCUAUGGCUCUCUCUUCGUUAACUAGUCUCGGUGUUCGUGUACGAAGAAUCGCCUGUGGACCAUCACACUCAGCUCUUCUGACAGUAGAUGGCUUGUUAUUUGUAUGGGGAUGUGGCGACGGUGGACGACUGGGGCUCGGAGACGACAGAGACGUCGGUGAAGAUCGGAUUCCACGCAAUGGUGGGCAACUUAAAGUGAUCCCAACUCCUACACGUGUAGUUGAGCCUUUUCAGCAGGAAAAGCUGGUGGAAGUAGCGUGCGGAGCAGCACAUACAGUGGUGCUAAGUGCGAUUCAUAGAGAUAGUGGUGGAUGUGUCUACGUGGCCGGGAGUAACUAUGCCUUGGAAAAAUUCACACCGCGAUUUACUCGCGUAAUAGUGGGAGAAACUUCGCCAGUGAUGACGAUUAAAGUGAGUUGUGGGCCGGCACAUACGGCGUUUGUAUCGACAGAAGGAGAGCUCUACUCUUGGGGAAAGAAUGUCAGUGGCAGUACAGGGCAUGAUGUGAAUUUGACUAUUAUUUCACGACCGACACGUGUUGGUUGUAUGUUUGAGCGUCCACGAAAUUUGUGUCUUGACGAGACUGUCAUUGCCACUCAAAGUAGUCAAAAUGCAAGUGCUAUAGCGGAGUACGCACUGGGUGGGGAACACGCAAACGAAGCUCUAAAGAAGCGACAAACUCGACGUUCAAGUGGACAAAACAUGACAAAAUUUGCUCAAACUCAGCACGAAAUGUGUCCAUUCUGGCAGGUUGAGUUGGCUGAACGCAGUCGAAUUGUGUCAAUUCGAGUCGUUUCAGUGCCUUGCGGCGUUGAAUCGGCCAGAUUGGCUGCAUUAAAGUAUGCUAUUAUGGUGUCUGAGGACGCAUUCGAUCCAGAACUUCGAGGCAAACAGGCUCUUGCUAAGGCCAGAGGACAUAGUGUCCACGCGUCACUGAGCUCUAGUACUCAGAGUGAACUUGUAUGGACAGCACCAGAUGAUACUUUCGGGACAUUUGUUCGAGUUCAGCUUGAGAGCGUCGGCGGGGCUGGGAUGUUGACGCUGGAGCGUGUUGAAGUGUUCGGUGCAUCCAGCGAGCAGUAUGUGGGUCCUCGUGUUAGUGACGUGGUGUGUGCGGAGGGAAUGACAGUAGCAAUUUGCGCUCCGAUUAGUGGGAAGGAAGAGCUGCGCAACAAGUUUCAACGUGCUGUCAGAGCUGAUCGCUCUAGUGUUAGUGUGUUGGCUCAACUGGAAACAUUUCAGGCUUUUGUGCGAGAAGAAGAGCAGCAAAAACAUGAAGAAGAAGCCUUAUAUAAGGCUAGUCAGACAGCUAAAACCAGCCUCGAGAAGAGAGAGAUAGCGACUGCGAUCGCUGCAUUAGAGGCUAAACAACGUGCUGAGACUUGCGUGCUGUGUAGACCGAAAGUACCGUGUGUGAUCUGCGAACUAGAGAAGCAAGUGCAAGCGGCUAAGAAAACAUCGACAACUCAGCCUCCGAUUUCCUCGCAAGAACCGAAGAUAUCAAUAAAUGACCGCAGGAAACAGCACGGUAAACCGAUAGCUUCAUCUGCUCCGGCAAUUAUGACUACACGUCCAGAACAGGCGUUGACGUUGGAAGGUUUGUGCUCCGAGUUCCUUGCCCUUGAUAUACGGUCUAAAAAAGAGGAGGAAGAAGCUCAACAGCGUGUAGAACUCGAGUUGAUGGACCCUGCGGCGCUCGCUCGUGCAAAGCAGGAAGAAGAAGCUGCAAGACUGACACCGAGGCAAGUUAUUGUGAAUCCUGCUCUGGUAGCGCCGAAUAUGCGUCGAUUAUUGCUCAAAUUGGUAAACUCGACAGGUUUGCUUGGUCACAGAAAUCUACACCAGACGCCGAAGAAAGUUGGCUAAGUGGGUGGUGAAAGAGAGAGAUAUCCGAGGAUGAUGAUGAUGCUGUGGCGUCUGCAGCGGCUUCGACUUCACUGGGCGCUGUUCCAACAAAGCAAUGGCUGCUGCUGCAUCCAACGAUCAUGCAGGUAACUUCAAAACGCUGUUGGAGCCGCUCACUCGUGAUGAUUUGGAUAACGCUGUUCGCAACGGCUACCUCGACUUUGCUCAAGGCCGUAUGACAACAAUCAGAACGCGUUUUUCAGCUAAUAUUAUGAACGGGGUGGUUAGUAGAUGUCAUCCUACUGUCGUUCAAUAGCUUCACUGGAAGAAGCGUGAAUUAAGCCGAUGGAGUCGGCCGCUAGAAAUGGGUGCCUUCUUGUUCACUAGACUUCACAUUGAGACUGUUCUCAUGGGCGUAUACUUCUCGCGAGACUUGCCUGGUAACAAUCGUCAGGAGUCACGUGGCAGAUUACUGGUAAGGUCUCCCAUCAAUAUUCGAGCCGCAGUAAGACCAUCACGAACCCUUCUAUUAGCAAACAGCUCAUGAGCUGCAUUGAUAGCCAUAAUUUGUUACCAGGCAAAUUGAAACCUUGAAAUUAUUGCGGGUUUAGACAGCU